AUGUCACUACACAUUGAACCGCUCACUUUGGAACCUAGUGAACACAUUCCCAUCUAUGAUGACACGAUCAUGGAAGAACCCAACCAAGAUAUAAAGAAACAAGCUAAGACCAAGCUAGUACAAUUGAUUGACAGUGCCAAGAUCAAGCUUUGCAUGUUAAUGGUGCGACUAAACCAAGAGUCCAUGAACAACCCAGACAGUCAGGUACUCAAAAGCAUUCAAAGGGAAAUGGACGUUACCAACGCCUUACUUGACAGUCUCCAACAAUACCAACAAUGCAACAUGUUCCAAGAUCCAAAGGUCCCGCCAGAUGGUAUCUCCAUCUCUUUCUGCAAUAUACCCAAGUUUCAGAUCAUAGGCAAUAAUGUACGAAAUCCAAAGGAACCAGUCUACGAUUUGGUAUCCCACUUCCUAUCAAUGUUUCAAAAAAUUCUGACAGCAGGCAAGACCAAUAUCGAUUCAGCAUGGAAAAUUUGGCUGCCAAUGUCUUUUGACCAUGAUCAUGACACAUGGUACGAAUCGAACUUACAAGGAAAAGACAUCUCUUGGAACGAUAUGAAAGACAUAAUCACCAAGAAGUUCGACUCUUUCAACAGACAAUUGGAAAUGGGAUCCCUCGUCUUUACAAUGACAAUGGGACCCAACGAAUCGAUCCUCAACUAUGGAAUCAAAUUUCAAAAAGCGUGCAGAGAAGGUGGUGUAAAAGAAAACACCAAUCUUGCCAUGCGUUUCAUGAGUAGCUUGACUCCGGAACUUAGUUCCAAUGUCAAGUUAGCCUGGUUUGCUCAAUAUUCAGAAAUGUCUCAAAUGAUUGAGCAGGAAAGUACUUUUGCACGCAACAUAAGUUCAACAAUACGCAUGCUACUUCCAACUGUCGCAUGCUUCAAAAACACAAGCACACAGAGAAAACCUGUAGAUAUUGCAACAAGCCUUGGCAACACUGCCACACCUGUCAAGAGUAUCUCCAAGCCAAAACAAGGACCUAUACCAUUAAAAGUGACAUAUGCAAAUGGCCAUGAAUUUUUACAUUCCUUUGAACUUAUGGAAAAGAAUCAAGAAGAUAGUUUAAUAUUAGGACAAGAUAUAUUACCUAAACUUGGUAUCACUUUAUCUGGAGUAGCUGUAGACUGGAACAUUAAAACCAGUACUAGAGAAAAUCAAGAAAUAGAGGAUGAUCUUGAAUCUAACAAUUCACCAUACGGUACUAAAGAACAACAUGAUCAGUUUAUGAGCACAAUAGCUUGCUACAUAGAAGAUAAUGAAGCAAUACCUAAAACUUCAUUUUGCACAGUACCGGAGUCAAUAGUGGAACUCAAGACUGCUGAAGGUGCAAAAACCUAUCAAAGACAGUAUCCAUUAUCAUACGCGUUAAGAUCUGUAAUAGAUGAAGCCGUUAACAAUUGGUUAAAAGAAGGUACCAUUGUAAGAGCACCAGUAAAUACAGCCUGA